AUGGCGGAGUCAACGAAAGUGAGGUUGGUGCGGUGCCCAAAAUGUGAAAACCUUCUUCCAGAGCUUGCUGAUUAUUCUGUUUAUCAGUGUGGAGGUUGUGGUGCUGUUCUUCGAGCCAAAAAUAAGAGUCGGGAUACAGAUAAUUUAUCAUUGGAGAAAUCAGAUGAAGAUAGGGUAGCUGGAGUUGUUACCAGCUCGCCAAAUUCUGUGGAAAAGGGAGUAGUUGAAUUGAGUGAUGCUUCUGAUACAGAUGUUAAGUUGAAUUCUAGUUCUUUGAGAUGCGAAGAUAAGAAUCCUACGAAGAGCGAUAUUGACCGUGAUGAUAUGUAUAGGAAUCCAGCUAAGUCUGCAAGUGGUAAAUGGGCUGUUGGAAAUGGUCUUGAAGAUGAUAGGAAUAGAGAUGAUUGGGGUGAUGCGGUGGCAAGAGAACCUGGUGAGAUGAAUUUGCAGAACAGAUAUACUAGUGGUCCUCGGAGAUCUGGACAGAUGCUGGGUAGGCAACAUGGGGAGAGAGGUGAAAUGGAGGGUUUUCGAAGAACCUUGAGAACUGAGGUUGAAGGCAUGAGAUUUUCAACUUCAAAAUACUCAGAUGAGGGCCCUUCACAUUACAAUUUUAACUCUUCUUAUAGUUAUGGUGAACAAUCAAGGAAUGGUGAUGACCAGAGUGGGGCUGGUAGAGUUCAGUACCUUGAAAAAGAUCGAGCAGAGCUUCUCAGGAAGCUGGAUGAGCUAAAAGAACAACUUGGCAGGUCCUGUGAUGUGGCUGAUAAAACCAACGAGAAGGUUCCUCUUAAUGGAAGAAUGGCUCCUCCAGAUUCUCAUGGUAGUUCUGAUACUUGGUUUGCAGGUAGUUCUUCAUUGUCUAAUAGGGCUUCAAUGCAGUUCUUUGCACCUGAAAGGCAUGCCACAGAGCCCUCUUAUUUAAAUCACCAUCCUGAGUCUUUUGCUUAUACUAAUGGGCAUGAGAUGGCUAUGAAUAGCUUUCAUCCUUCAGUGCCUAAGUCAAAUCUUAUUCCUGGAUAUGGGGAUUCUUUUGGGUCCCAAAUUCCAAGGAGAACUCCGCAUCAGUUACCUGGUCAAUACCAACAACCACCUCGCCAAUAUUUUUCCGGACAUUACUUUGAUACCAACCCUGAUUUAUUUGAGCCAUAUCCAUCCAAUGCAACCUUUCAUCAGCCUUCUUGUUCUUGUUUCCAUUGCUAUGAGAAGCAUCAUGGAGUUUCAGCACCAGUUCCUCCUGCUUCUUUUGGCAAUAAAAGGUUCCCUGAUAUGCCAAACAAUCCCAUGAUGUACCAACAUGCAAACUCCGGGCCAUUUGGCCCACAUAUGAAUCAUUCCAGGAUUACUGUUCCUUCUCAAUUGAAUUUUCGUAGUUCUCAAUCCCACUCAAGAUGGCCAAGUGAUCUCAACUCUGAAAUGGCUGGUUUUGUUCGCUCUCGCCCUCGAAGAGUGGUCUUAGCCAGUGGUAGCCGAUGUUAUCGUCCCAUAGCUGGUGGCGCUCCAUUUUUAACAUGUUUUAAUUGCUUUGAACUGCUGCAACUUCCCAAGAAAGCACUACUUAUGGCAAAGAAUCAACAAAAGAUGCAGUGCGGCAACUGUUCUAGCGUAAUCAAUUUUUCUGUUGUAAACAAGAAACUUGUACUUUCUGUUAACACAGAAGCAACAGAGACUCCUACAGAGGUUGAUGACAGCUCCAGUGAGAUGAUAAAAACCCGCACUUCAUAUUCCCAAGGCCACAUUAACCGUAUAAAUGCAAUUUUCUCUUCUGAUGAUUAUGAUAAUUCUGGCUAUGACUUCCAAACAGUAGAAACAGAUCCAAUAGGCCACCAUCUGAACUCAACCAAUCCUCAGGAGACACAAAGUUUCCGUUCUUCAUCUCCAAGUACAUCUGAGUAUGAAAAUAGCCCAGACAUUUUAAUUGCACCCCGAGAGGUCAUCAAUGGUGUUCAGCAACCAAUUAAAGCCUCGCUGUCUCCACCACCUCCUGGUACACCACUUCAGCAGCAUUUUGAUUAUUCUUCCAAUAAUCAUGCAGUGAACCGAUUUGGGAAGGGAAACCGAAGCAGUCGCUCAGAUCAUGAAAGGGUGAUAACAAACAAGGCUAACACACGACAAAAUUCUAUGAAAGAGGCUUCCCUGGCGACUGAGAUGGAGGUGUCAUUUCCUGAUUAUUCUAAUACUGCAGUUUCCCAAGACUCAGGUGAUGCAGGCAGAGAAGAUAGUCAGUCAAGAAACAACAAAGGGGGUGAUUCGUUUUUUGCGAACAUUAUCAAGAAGAGCUUUAAGGACUUUUCCAGAUCUCACCAAACAGACGAGCAUAGUAGAAAUAAUGUCUUUGUUAAUGGGCAUCUCAUACCAGACCGUUUGGUGAAGAAAGCUGAAAAACUGGCUGGACCAAUCCAUACAGGACAGUAUUGGUAUGAUUCCCGAGCUGGAUUUUGGGGUGUUAUAGACGGGCCGUGUCUUGGCAUAAUUCCUCCAUUUAUUGAAGAAUUAAAUUAUCCCAUGCAAGAAAAUUGUGCUGGUGGGAAUACUGGUGUUUUUGUAAAUGGAAGGGAGCUUCAUAAGAAAGAUUUUGAUUUGCUGGCUAGUAGAGGACUGCCAACUGAUAGAGACAGAUCUUACAUCGUUGAGAUCUCUGGAAGAGUCCUGGAUGAGGACACUGGAGAAGAGCUAGACAGUCUUGGCAAACUUGCUCCAACAGUUGAGAAAGUAAAGCAUGGAUUUGGCAUGAAAGUUCCAAGAGCUGCUGUGCGAUGA